CCCUUGGAAUCGUUAUCUACUCUGGCUCCCCCAAUAAUCAGGACUGCUGAUCCUCCCCCCAAUGCACCGACACCCCCCGAGUGUGAAGGUCCUUUAAUCAAAAGGAGGGUUGUAAAAAUGAUCCACCCAAGAAAAUGGCUAAAGGGUUGAUAAAAGGCUUAAAAGCCGAAGAGAUUGUCCGCCGAACGGGGAAGAAUAUUGAAGUCAAGUAUGUGGAUUCAGUUCAUGGACCCCAGACUAAAGAGCUGAACAGUUUGCUUACUAAGGAUAUUGGUAGAGUGAUUCGUAACUCUGUGGCAAUGAACCAACCAACUUGGUGGGAGCUAAAGGAAGAGGAGAGGCUGAAGCUAUGUACUGCACUAUCGAUUUGCUAUGAAAUCGAAUACGACCAAAAGAUGUAUGACUGGUUAAUGAAGGUGGUGAACAAGACAUACACUUCUUGGAAGGCUAAGCUCACAAGUUUUUUAAGCAUUACAAAGGGGAAAAGGCUCCGGAAGAGUUUGUGCAAGGAGGAAGGAUGGAUGAGUGGAAUUGGCUUAAGCAACACUUCUUGUCACCUCAGUUUCAGAAUGUCUUUCCACACCUCAUUUAGUUCACUGUCCUCAGCAACUGUUAUGCAGAAACAUAACGAUAUGAGACAGAAGAUCCUAACAAUGCUAAGUGAACAACAGCCGGACACUCCAGAGGAUGAGCUCCUUCAACAAGUAGACCUCCAAUCUCAGCUUGACGCAUUUGAGAAGGUCCUUGGGACCAAAGGGGGGAAAAUAAAAGGGCUUAGGAGAGUUGAAAUUGAGGGCAAGGAAAGAGCAACAAGGCGUUCUCGUCCUAAUGAUAUAAUUCUUGAGGAGGUUCGCGAGCACGCUCGACAAGCCCAAGAGGAGGCACGACAUGCUCAGGGGGAGGCACAAGCAGCCUGGGAGCAGGCCAGAGUAGCGCAGGAGAAGAUCCUUGAUUAUGAGCGCCGUAUACAAAUGUUGGAGAAGCAUGUGCAGUCGCAGCCGAGCGGACAAGAAGGCCAACAGCUUGAGGUUAAUGGUUGA